CUUGGACUGUGUUUGACAUAUGAUAGGUGUUAAGAGCUUGAAUCAAUGAAUUUUAGCGAUGCCAGAAAUGAAAUUCUGCAGGUGUUGUCCAAAACGGAAAGACAGGAUCUUCCAAAGUUACUCGAAUGGUUGAAAACAUCUGAUGAUCUGGACGAUUGUUUGGUGGACAACCAACACGUUAUUCUUCAAAGUAUUGCAGAGGACUUAAGGGCUUGCCUGCCACUGGAAGCUGUGGUUCCCUCAGAGACCAUGGCUAUCCAGAAGACUCAUCAGAAACCUCAUCCCACUGUGCAUGUGGAUGCAUUUUUGUAUGAUGAAGAAACAGUUGAUUCACUGUGUGAAGAGGGAAAGAUGAGUCGCAACUACUGCCUCAGUUGUGGAUCACACAGAACAGCACUAUUGGAUUUUAUCUCUCAUUCGUUCUCCAUCUCGGAGCUCCAGUUUCUGUUCCAGAAAAUUCUUCCUGAUCUCACAGGACAACUAGUGGUGGAUGUGGGUUCUAGACUAGGAGCUGUGCUAUAUGGGGGUUACCUCUACAGUGCAGCAUCUCAGCUCGUGGGGGUUGAAAUAAGUUCGGAGUUCAUCAAGCUUCAAACAAUGGUCAUGGAGAAAUAUGGCUUCAGUGACAGAGUUCAGGUGAUUCAUGCAGAUGUCCGCUCUCAGGCUGCCUUAUUGCAGAAUGCAGAUGUUCUAAUCAUGAACAAUGUGUUUGAAUACUUCAUGGAACCAAGUGAUCAAAUACAAGCAUGGCAAUUUAUUAGUCAAAAUUUUCGAAAGAAAGGUGCACUGUUGGUUACUGUUCCACGCAUUCAAGAGGCUCUUGCUUCACUUGAAGAAACAGUUUCCCUGGAGAUGUUAACGCUCAGCCAGUGGAUAGAGGAAGUGCCACUUGACUACUCUAUCUAUCUAAAAAAUGAUACAGACCCAGAUUCUCUCAAGCAAAUCCAUCUUUACAGGGUACUUUGUCCUUCUUAACAAAGAGCUAUGGACUAUUUGACAAGGGAACCAAUGAAUUUGAUUAGCCUCACUGAGGUUUUUCUUGAUGCAAGUAGAUUUGAGUAAACAAACAGUUUUCCCGGGGGCCUGGGUAGCUCAAUGAGUAUUGACGUUGACUACCACCCCUGGAUUCACAAGUUUGAAUCCAGGGUGUGCUGAGUGACUCCAGCCAGGUCUCCUAUGCAACCAAAUUGGCCCGGUUACUAGGGAGGGUAGAGUCAUAUGGGGUAACCUCCACCUGGUCGCUAUAAAGUGUGGUUCUCUCUCUCGGUGGGGCGCGUGGUGAGUUGUGCGUGGAUGCCGCGGAGAAUAGCGUGAAGCCUCCACAUGCACUUUGUCUCCACAGUAAUGUGCUCAACAAACCAUGUGUUAAGAUGUGCGGAUUGAUGGUCUCAGAC